CGGCCAAAGUUCCAUAGGUUCUAACUCCCAGAGUCGUUUGUUGUUCCUAUAAAAACUGAGUGAUAAUAUUUUUCCCUUAAAAGUUUCAUCUGCUACCAAACUCUACUUCUCAUCAUCUUCUUUCACAGUCUUUGUAAUCAAUCCAAGCAAAUUCAUCAGAUCUAUCUUCUACCCAAUACCCAUCUCCCUCCUCCACCACCAGAAGCAAAACAACACAGAAUGAGCUAUUACAAUCAGCAGCAGCCUCCCGUCGGCGUUCCUCCUCCUCAAGGUUAUCCACCAGAAGGAUAUCCAAAGGACGCUUAUCCGCCACCGGGAUAUCCCCCACAAGGAUAUCCUCCUCCUGGUUAUCCCCCUCAGGGUUAUCCUCCUCAGGGUUAUCCUCCGCAAGGAUAUGGUCCUCCUCCUCCAGGUUAUGCCCCUCAGUACGGUCAGCCGCCGCCUCCUCAACAGAACAGCAGCAGUGGCUGUUUGGAAGGAUGUUUGGCUGCUCUGUGCUGUUGCUGCUUGCUAGAUGCAUGCUUUUGAGGAUGAGAUAGGCAGAACUUUUGGGAGGGAUUGUGAUUCAAUGGAAGUGUGAUUUUAAAUCUGAAAUAUUUUAUUGUUCUUGCCUUUUAAAUCUCUCCUAUCAGCCUAUCCAGUAUUAAGUUUCCUUAUCUUUUUUUUUUUUUUUUAAAUUAAUCUUCUGUUAAUGUGUUUUUCUUGAACAUGGGAUUUGAUUUUUUUUUUUUUUUUUUCAUUUUUAAGUGGAAGUGAACAGUUGGUAGAUAACUUUCUUGAUUAAUUCUUAUGUGCACUUGGGUUUUCACCUAGA